AUGACAUCAUAUUCCGCACUUAGACGUCAAACAAAAAGAUCGAUAACAUCAUCAAGUAUAUCUCAAGUUCAAGUUAAUCUUGAACAUGUUCUUGGUUUUACAUCAAUGUCCAAUUCAGCUGUUAGUCAAAACCAUUCAACAAUAGCUUAUGCCGCUGGCUCUUCUACCGUUCUUUACAAUAAAGACACACAGAAACAAGAUUUUGUUAUCAAUACAACUCGUAAAACCAUUACAUCAUUAUCAAUUUCACCAGACGGCAGAUAUUUAGCAACAGGCGAAUCUGGUCAUAAGCCUAAAGUACGUGUUUGGGAUCUAAAUGGUGAUAGAAAAAGUUGUAUCGAAUUAGGUGAUCAUGAAUUUUCUAUUGAUUCAGUGUGUUUUUCACCAAAGGGUAAUCGAUUAGUUUCGAUUGGUUCAUUACAUGACGGAAAUGUAUAUGUAUGGAGUUGGCAAUAUAAGAAAAAACUUACUUCAAAUAAAUGUCUAUGUUCUAUUCGUCGUGUUGCGUUUGCAGAAAACGGACACUAUUUUGUUACAGUUGGUAAUCGUCAUGUUAAAUUCUGGUAUUUGAUUUCAAGAGCAUCGAUUAAUCCUGUAUCAUUAAGUGGACAUGACGCAUUAUUAGGCGCACGAAAAAAUCAUUUGUUUACUGAUGUUGUUUGUGGACGUGGCAUUUGUGCUGGUUUAACAUAUACUGUAACCACCAAUGGUUUUAUUUGUCAAUUUGAUGAACAUCGAAACUUACGCGCUGACAGAAAUCUCGAAGAAAAAACCAACUGCUUAGCUAUUAGUGAUUCAUAUAUUGCUGUUGGAUGUGACAAAGGUGUUGUUUAUAUAUUAUCUCCUCAAAGUCUUGAACCCAUUACAUCAAUACGACUACCACAUCAUUUGGGUGUUGAUAUUGGCUCGACUACAUCCGUUGAUCCAAUACGAUGUCCACAACAAUCAAACAUUGCUUUUCCAGACACAAUAGCUAUUUGUUUAGAUGAAGCGAAAUCAUUGAUAACAUGUUUUUAUAAUGAUCAUAGUUUCUAUAUUUGCGACAUAAAAAAUGAACGAUCAAUAGAAAAACGUAAUUCUCAUAUGUAUCAUUCAGGAUGUGUUUGGGCAAUCGAAACAUAUUCUUUAUCAAGUGCUUUAUCUUCUUCUAAUCCUCAUCAGUUACCAUUUAUAACAUGUUCAUCUGAUGAUACUGUACGAUUUUGGUCAUUAAAUAAUAAUACACCUGAUUUAUGUUCUGUUUCAUUACAAGUUGCCAAUAUAGGAUGUAAACAAUUAACGAAAAUUGUCUAUUUAGAUGAAGAUUGUUCAAAUCUAUGUCAUAGACAAACAACUCAAGAAUCAUAUGAGUCUGCAUCAAAAGUCGGUGGUCGUUGUAUGAAAAUGGCUCCCGAUGGUUUAUCAUUAGCUAUUGGUGAUCGUAGCGGAAAUAUUCGUAUAUUUGAUAUGCAAACAUUUAGACAAACAGCAUUUAUUGAAGCGCAUGUGAGCGACGUACUUAGUAUUGAUUAUGGUCAAUCAACUUCUAUGAAUGUAACUUUUCUGGCAUCAAGUAGUCGCGAUCGUUUUAUUCAUAUAUUUGAAGCAUCAAGAGAUUAUCAAUUGGUUACAACAUUAGAUGAUCAUACGGGAGCUGUAACUGCUAUUCGUUUUACAUUUUCAUCUGAAACUUCCAAACUACAAUUGAUCACUUGCAGUACUGAUAAAUCAAUGAUAUUUCGAACAAUAUCUAAAAAUGAAGAUGGAAAAUACCAAUUUCUUCGUUCACAUAACAUUUUUGAAAAACAAACAUUUUACGACUUAACAGUCGAUCGUUCACAUGAGCACAUUCAUACAGCUUGUCAAGAUCGAAUGAUACGAGUAUAUAAUACUGCAGACGGUAAACGAGUUCGAGUUAGCAAGGGUUCAGUCAGUGAUAAUGCUGGUUAUUUAAUUAAAAUUGAUAUUGAUGCAUCCGGAAGAUAUAUAGCAACAUCAUGUUCAAAUAAAUGUGUCUAUGUUUGGGAUACAAUAACAUCAAAAUGUAUUGCAUCGUUAUGUGGCCAUAGUGAAAUUGUUACUGAUUUAAAGUUUAGUCAUGAUGGAAGUCAUCUAUAUACAACAGCAAGCGAUAGAUCGCUAAGUGCGUUAUCGACAUCAGUAAAUGAGGCACAAGAAGAUAUGCCUAUAAUCGAUCCAACGAGUGGAAAUACACAAUCAGAAACAAUCGGUGAUAUGACAACGAAAGCAAUUGCGUCUACAUCAUCAUCAAAUUCAAAGACUUGUGACGUGAAUUCUCAAACACAAUGUGUUCCAUCAGGUGCGUUGUUAGGAGGUCCCAUGAUGUCAACAAGUAAAAAUCUGACAAAAUCUCGUUCAACACAAGAUCUUACUUCUACUACUACAUCUGUACAACAGCCAACAUCGACCACAUUGAAUCAUGUAAUAAUGCUUCAUACAAUUGAAAGUUCAUCAAAUUUAUCAGCAAUAUUUUAG